AUGGUCUCGGCCCGGCGUCUUCGCGCGCGCGCUGACUCAAAAGCUGCACACUUUCCGCUCCAGGAGACAACGGCGUCUUCCGUAACUUCUCCCUCCAAGGCAUCUCCCUUCCGCCAAGCUAAAGAAGAAAAGAACAAAGACAAGACCUCCUUCACUCCUCCGUCUCCACUGACGGAGCCGCUUUCUUCUCGACAAGACUCUUCUUUCUUCCCAUCAGGCCUGUCGUCUCUUUUCCCUUCUCUUGUGGGUGAUACCGCCACAGUGUCUCCACGCUCCGUGCCUACGGGACUGAGUUUCUCGGCUGUGGACGCAUUCGGCAUGCCUCUUGCGCUCCUCAACUCUGGGGUGCCAGGAAUCCUGUCAGUCACAGACGGUCUCAACACCUUGGGCGACGUCUCUGCUCUUCUGCGCUCUCGAGGCGGCCUCCCCGCACCGGACUUCCCCGCCCUCGCUCAAAUGGCUCUUACCUCGGUCGGCCUGUCCUCACCUUCUCCCUCGUCUUCUGUCUCUUCUUCAAAGAGCAGUCGUGCUCAGCAAGCCUCUGUUUCGUCCGCUUCUUCAGGAGCCGAGCCGGAGGGAUUGCUGGACGGAAAUGGAAACUCGCUUCUCGACAACGUCUUGGGAGGCGGCGGCCGGGGCAACCUCCUCGGCGGCAUGAAUGGGAACAGCAACGGGCUCCUAGGGGGCGUUUCCGGAAAUUUGCUUGGAAAUGCAGUUGGAGGAAACUUGCUCGGAGGCAAUGCGGGAGGAAAUUUGCUCGGAGGGGGAGGCGUCGGAAGCUUGCUGGGAGGAGGCGGAGGGUUGCUCGGGAACGACAACCGAGGAGACAGGUAUGACCGCCCGGACUAUUCGAACUCGGGAAAUGGUAACCGCCCCAUUGGAAAUAGUGGACUUUUCGGAAACAAACAAAAAUGCUGCUCCGACUGUCGGAAGGGAGACAUGGACUGCCUGGCCGACUGCCAGAGAGGAAACUGCUCACAAAGUGCAACGUAA